CACAGAUUAGGUUUGAAGGACACGACGAUCACUAAAAUUUAUCGAAAGUAUUUGUUUAUGUACGAUGCUGUAUCGUGUCUGUAUUGUAUAAAGAAUUGAAGGGAGCGCUGGUGGUAUUUUGGAGCAAGUUUAAAUUGUUUUACAGCGUAGUCAUUUUACUCAAUGCCCCAGCAUGAGAAGAGCAUCAUAACUCCAGGCUUAGCAGAAAGAUUGGUAGACAGAGAUAUGUCGGAAAAUAAACAAUCCAAGAAUACUGUUUGUAAACAGAAAGAAAUUGAAGAAGAAGUGGAAGGAAAAAACAUACAAAAUGAUGAAGAUUGUGAUAAUGGAACUGAUAAAAAGCAAGAGCAAGGUGUGCGUGGAGAAGAAAGAAAACUACACCUUUGGUUUGAACUAAGAGAGCAAUUUGAACGAACUCAAGGUUCGCUGGAAGUGAUAAAAUAUCUUGUUCAAGAGGGCGCUGAUUUAACUUUCAAGGAUGCACACGGGAGGACUGUGCUAUACUCUGCUGUUACUAAAAGUACUUUGGAUAGAGUAAAAUAUAUUGUUGAAAAGGGCGCUGAUGUAAAUAACAAGGAUUAUGACGGGUGGACAGUGCUGCACUCUACUGUUACAACAGGUACGCUUGAGAAAGUAAAAUAUCUGGUGGAGAAAGGCGCUGAUGUAAAUGGCAAGAACGCCAAUGGAUGGAGUGUGCUGCACACUGCUGUUACUGAAGGCUCAGAUAAAAAGCAAGAGCAAAGUGGAAGUAUGAGUGUGCAUUGGGAUGAACUACGAAAGCGAUUUGAACGAACAAUUACUCAAGGUUCGCUCGAAAUAGUAAAAUAUCUUGUUGAGCAUGGUGCUAAUGUGAAUUGCAAAGAUACUUAUGGGCAGUCUGUGCUGCACUCUGCUGUUGCCAAAAGUACUCUGGAAAUAGUGAAAUAUCUUGUGGAGAAACGCGCUGAUGUAAAUGGCAAGACGACUGACGGCUGGACAGUGCUACACUCUGCUGUUACAAAAGGCACAUAUAAAAAGCAAAAUUCCAGUGGAAGAAUGAGCGUAGGUGAAGAAGAAAAGCCCCUGCAAUUUCAGGAUGAACAAAGACAGGAACUUGAACGGACAGUUACAGAUGUAAAUGGCAAGGAUACCGACUGCUCCGCUGUGCUGCACUCUGCUGUUACUGAAUGUACGCUUGGAAUAGUAAAAUACCUUGUUGAAAAGGGCGCUACUGUAAAUGGCGAGAAUACUGACGGAUUGACUGUGCUGCACUCUGCUGUUACAGAAGGUAAGCUCGAAAUAGUAAAAUAUCUUGUUGAAAAGGGGGCUGAUGUAAAUGGCAGGGAUACUGACGGGUGUACUGUGCUGCACUCUGCUGUUACAGAAGGUAAGCUUGAAAUAGUAAAAUAUCUUGUUGAAAAGGGCGCUGAUGUAAAUGGCAGCUAUACCGAUGGGUGCACUGUUCUGCACUCUACUGUCGCUGAAGGUAUGCUGGAAAUAGUAAAACAUCUUGUUGAAAAGGGCGCCGAUGUAAAUGGCAGCAAUACUGAAGGGUGGACUGUGCUCCACACUGCUGUUACUGAAGGUGCUCUUGAAAUAGUAAAAUAUCUUGUUGAAAAGGGCGCUGAUGUAAUUGCCAAAAAAAGAAACGGGUGGACUGUGCUGCACUCUGCUGUUACAAAGGGUGUACGCUUGAAGUAGUAAAAUAUCUUGUUGAAAAGGGCGCUGAUGUAAAUGUCGUUUAUAUGGACGGAUGGACUGUGCUGCACUAUGCUGUUAGAGAGUGUACGCUUGAAAUAGUAAAAUGUCUUGUUGAAAAGGAAGCUGAUGUAAAUGCCAAGAAUAAUGACGAGUGGCCUUUGCUGCACUUUGCUGUUACAGAGGGUACGCUUGAGAUAGUAAAAUAUCUUGUUGAAAUGGGCGCUGAUGUAAAUAGCAAGGAUACGGACGGGUGGACUGUUCUGCACUCUGCUGUUACGGAGGGUAAGCUUGAGAUAGUAAAAUAUCUUGUUGAAAAGGGCGCUGAUGUAAAU